CGGGCGGCGGAUCUGCGGGACCUACUUCCCUCCGCGGAGGAGGGUGUGAUGCGGCUCCCGUCGCCUCUCGCCUUGUCAGGCCGCCAUAUUGAAUUUUAAUGUUCAAUUCUUAAUUAAAAAAAAGAAAAGAAAAGAGCCGGAAAACCUCCAGAAACGGGAAUAAAGAGGGAAUAAAGAGAAAUAAAGAGUUUUGCUGCGGUGAUCUGGUCCCGGAGGGUCGAGGGACAGAAGCCCAUGAGUGCGGCGGAGGGCGGCCGCGUUGCUGCCGGGAUUAUUGUUUUCCCGCGGUCCCAUCUCUCCGGUUCCUCUUCACCUCAGAGACUAAAUGCAACUGGACCCGGGGUUCUGUGGGUAUGAAGUGGCUGGGCGAAUCCAAGAACAUGGUGUUGAAUGGCAGACGACACGGCAGCAAGCCGAGCGGCGAGCCGCCGGCGGGCCCGACUCGCUCCCAGCAUUCGCAGCAUUCGCAGCACUCCCAGCACUCCCAGCACUCCCAGCACUCCCAGCGGGCCUCGCUGCGGCACAGAAACCUCCCGCGGAGCCGGAGAUGUAGCCGUCGGAGCCACGGCGCCGGCGCCGGCCUGGAGGCGGAGCGGCGCUACGUUCCGUCCUCAGGGAUGACGGCCAAGGAGCUGUGUGAGAACGACGACCUGACCACCAGCCUCAUCCUGGACCCGUACCUGGGCUUCCAGACCCACAAGAUGAACACCAGGUUUCGACCAAUCAAAGGGCGGCAGGAGGAGCUGAAGGAAAUCAUCGAGUGCUUCAAGAAACACGACAGCUUGGAGAAAGCUUUCAGGGCGCUGACGUCGGGCGACUGGUGCCGGAACCUGUUCCUGCACAAGAGCAAGCCCCAGGAGAAACUCUUCAAACAACACGUGUUCGUUUACCUGCGGAUGUUUGCCACGGACAGCGGCUUCGAGAUUCUUCCCUGCAACCGCUACUCGUCGGAGCAGAACGGCGCUAAAAUCGUGGCCACGAAGGAAUGGAAACGGAACGAUAAGAUCGAGUUCCUGGUCGGCUGCAUCGCCGAGCUGUCGGAGAGCGAGGAGAACAUGCUGCUGCGACACGGAGAGAACGACUUCAGCGUCAUGUACUCGACCCGCAAGAACUGUGCCCAGCUGUGGCUCGGCCCGGCGGCCUUCAUCAACCACGACUGCCGGCCGAACUGCAAGUUCGUAUCGACGGGUCGGGACACGGCCUGCGUGAAGGUUCUGCGGGACAUCGAACCCGGGGAGGAAAUCUCCUGUUACUACGGAGACGGGUUCUUCGGAGAGAACAACGAGUUCUGCGAAUGCUACACAUGUGAAAGACGCGGCACCGGCGCCUUCAAGUCCAAGGCCGGGCUGCCGGCGGAGGUUCCGGUCAUCAACAGCAAGUACGGGCUGCGGGAGACGGACAAGCGGCUGAACCGGCUGAAGAAGCUCGGAGAGGGAAACAGGAACUCGGACAGCCACUCGGUGGGAUCCCACACGGACGUGGACCAGGACCCGGCUCACCCCUCCGCCAGGAAACGGACGUCGUCUUCAUCUUCAUCAUCCUCCGGUCUGAAGUACAAGAACCGGACCAGAACCAGACAGACGCUGUCCAGAACUCUCUCUACCUCAUGUCCCAAACAAGCUCGCGUCAACAGGGUACCAAAGAGACUAAAGUCCCAGUCCAAGCCGUCGCUGGCCAAAGUGCAGCUGCGCAGCCGGCGGAAGGGGGCGGAGCCUAAGGGGGCGGAGCCUAAGGCGGUGCCGUGCCCGCUGGGCCUCAGGGACUCCAAGGUGUCGCUGUGCAAGAGCCUCAUCAAGAAGGAGAAGGACGGGCCAGAGGCGGCGCCAGCGGCGCCGGGCCCGCCGGGGCCGCGGCGCUGCCUCACCCGCCACGCCGCCAAGGAGAACGGCGGCCUGGCGGCGCCGGGCUGCCAGGGCGGCCGCUGCUCCGCCUACAGGACUCGCAGGUCCACCAGGGCCCUGCCCGAGGCCCCGGAACCAGCGGCCCGACUGGAGCCCGGGCCCCUGGACGGGUCGGGGCCGGUCCCGGUCGUCGUCAAGACGGAGCCGGCCGACAUGGACGAGUACUUGCAGCACGCCGCCGGCCCGGCGCCGCCGGAGCCCGGCUACGCCGCCAGGGGCCCGGGCUGGAAGCGGCCGGCCCGGCUCCGGAAGGACCGGACCAUCAAGCGGGAGGAACCGGGACCCGGAGACCCGGGACCCGGAAACCCGUUCCCCGCCGAGCUGCCGGACCUCGGCGAGCGGCGCCGGGACUACGGCGAGGCGCCGCACCGCGACAAGAACAAGAGCAGCUGCCGCUCGCAGGACAAGCCCAAGAAGAAGCGGCGCAUCACGCGCUACGACGCGCAGCUCAUCCUGGAGAACAGCACCGGCAUCCCCAAGCUCACGCUGCGCCGGCGCCGGGACAGCAGCGGCAGCAAGGCGGGCGACGCCCACGACCACGCCCCGCUCGGCCACGCCCCCACGCUCGGCCACGCCCCCGUGCUCGGCCACGCCUCCUCCAGCAAGAUCAGCAUCAAGUUCAGCAAAGAGCGCGACCAGGACAAGGCCGGCGGCUACGUGGCCAAGCUGAGCAACGGCUACGCCCCUGUCGCCCACGGCAACGCCGCCAAGCUGAGCAACGGCUACGCCCCCGUCGCCCACGGCAACGCCGCCAAGCUGAGCAACGGCUACGCCCCCGUCACCCACGGCAACGCCGCCAAGCUGAGCAACGGCUACGCCCCCGUCGCCCACGGCAACGCCGCCAAGCUGAACAACGGCUACGCCCCCGUCACCCACGGCAACGCCGCCAAGCUGAGCAACGGCUACGCCCCCGUCGCCCACGGCAACGCCACCAAGCUGAAGAUCCAGCUGAAGCGGGAGGACGAGCCGCGCCGCGGCGGCGCCAAGGCCGACCCGCCGGCCUACGGCAGGGACCCGGGUCUGGAGGCCCGGAACGGGGCCCACUGGGCCCCCAAAGUCCGGGCCGAGACCUCGUCGGACGAGGACAGCGAGGACGAGGACGAGGACGAGGACGACGACUACUUCGAGGACGAGUUCGAGGACGACUUUAUCCCGCUGCCGCCGGCCAAGCGGCUGCGGCUCAUCGUGGGGAAAGACUCGAUCGACAUCGACAUCUCGUCCCGGAGGAGGGAGGACCAGUCGCUGAGGCUCAACGCCUGAACGGGUCUGGACCGGGACCUGGGUCUGGGUCCCGGUCCAGGAGCUGGUUCCAGGUGAAGCUCGUCCAUCAUGUAGAAAGUGUACAGUUCAUGUCCCUCCGUCUCACCGGGGGUUUUAGGUUUUACCACCUUUUUAUUUUCUGUC